AUGCAAGCGCCGCCUCAACGUGGGGCUCUCAUCGUCGUCGAGGGGCUGGAUCGUGCAGGCAAAUCCAGCCAGUGCGAAUCUCUAUACCAGAAGCUGCAACAAUCGGGUCGCGCAGUCAAAUAUCUUCGAUUUCCAGACCGAACUACCGCCAUUGGAAAAAUGAUCGACGGCUAUCUACGGUGCCAGUCGCACAUGGACGACCAUGCCAUCCACCUUCUUUUCUCCGCAAACCGCUGGGAGGUUGCCCACAGCCUGGAAGAAGAUAUUGCCCGAGGGACCACCGUCAUUGUGGAUCGGUAUUCGUACUCCGGUGCUGUGUACUCAGCCGCCAAGAUGAAUCCCGCUUUGUCUCUCGAAUGGGCAUGGACGCCAGAGAUUGGGUUGCCUCAGCCCGAUCUAUGUCUGUUUCUAAGUAUCUCUCCCGAAGCAGCUGCGCAGCGUGGAGGAUUUGGGGUUGAACGGUAUGAGAAUGCGGCCUUACAAAGCCGGGUGCGCGAGUUGUUUCAGACCAUCUUCCGCCUGCAACAAAGCGGCAACAUCCGCACCAUCGAUGCGGGAAGAUCCUUCGAAGAAGUUGCGCAGGAGGUUGAGAUAAGCGUUCUGGAUUGCAUCGCCGGCCUAGAUGCUAUUGGUCCGUUGAGGCGAUUUCAGUCGAUCACUCACUGA